UAGUCUGCCGGAGAAAGAAGAAGAAGAAGAGCGGUCCAGGCCUUUGUUCUGACCAACAGCGUGUUAGCAGCAUUGCACCUCUCAGGACGUUUUGUGAUAAACGUACUCGGUAACGUCUGUUUUUGGCUUCGACAUGGUGAAAUUAUCAGCGGAGCUAAUUGAGCAAGCUGCCCAAUAUACCAACCCCGUGAGAGACAGAGAGUUGGAUUUACGAGGUUAUAAAAUCCCAGUGCUUGAAAAUCUUGGAGCUACUCUGGACCAGUUCGAUACGGUUGACUUCUCAGAUAAUGAAGUCAGAAAACUGGAUGGCUUUCCUCUGCUCAAAAGACUGAAGACAUUGCUAAUGAAUAACAACAGGAUUUGUCGCAUAGGUGAGAAUCUGGAGCAAUGCCUGCCGUGUCUGACAGAACUGGUUCUCACAAACAAUAACAUUCAGGAGCUGGGUGACUUAGACCCACUGGCCACAGUGAAGACAUUGACUCUUCUCAGCUUGUUAAGGAAUCCAGUGACUAACAAGAAGCAUUACAGGCUCUAUGUCAUCAACAAAAUGCCACAGAUCCGUGUGCUUGACUUCCAGAAGGUGAAGCUCAAGGAACGCCAGGAGGCAGAGAAAAUGUUCAAGGGCAAACGAGGUGCUCAACUUGCAAAGGAUAUUGCCAGGCGGACAAAAACAUUCACUCCCGGUGUGGCUGCACAGCUUGAGAAGAAGAAGACGGGGCCGUCUCAAGCAGAUGUGGAAGCCAUCAAGAAUGCCAUCGCUAAUGCUUCAUCGUUGGCAGAGGUGGAGAGGCUGAAAGGGAUGCUGCAGGCUGGUCAGAUCCCAGGACGAGAUCUGAGACAAGGUCCAGCUGAGAUGGUAGAGGAGGAGGAAGAAGAAGAAGAAGAAGAAGAAGAAGAAGCAGCAGCCGCUGCCGCCGAAGAAGAAGAGGGUGACACUGCACAGAUGGGUUCACAUACGGGUGAAGGUUCUGGAGAGGAGAUGAAUGAGGGGGAUAAAGAGGAGGAUGAAGAAGACAUGGAGGAAGAGCCUCAUGUUAAUGGCUCCUGAGUACCUGGAAAUAUUGUCCUUUUUUUCCUGUGUUGUAGAUUUCUUGUGAUGGACAUGUGCACCAGGGCAGUUUUUAUUUUGUAAAACAACAUAUAUUAAAAUGAUUUCUUAUA